AUGACGCGCCGAACCUCCAGGCUCUCCACGUCCGCGACUGCCGUACUCGCUGACGUCCCUGCAAAAGACACGCCCGACGAGACAAUGAGCCUCGACAUUCCCGAGCAGCUUCUGACGCCUGAGAACAGCCGGUCUGAAACAUCGAGCAACAAUGAAAACACGUCAGCGGAAGAGAAACCUGUGGCGCGACGGAGGUCAACACGGGUUGUACGCGCAUCACUGCAAGCCACCGAAACGCUGGAGAACACGCCGGUCGAGCCUGAGGAAUCUGCGGCUUCGUCGAGUCAAGCCUAUGUCGACAGUCUUGCCAAAGCAAAGCGCACUCGCUCUUCGCUUCGGCAUAGCAUCGCGGUGAUGGAAUCGUCUCUGUGGAACGGCACCGCAAUUCAAAAUGAUGAUACAAUGACAGAUGACCACCCAAUGGUUCCCGACACCCCAAUUUCCAAGUCUUCGCAAGAAUCACAGACAAAAGAUAUGGAUACAUCGCUUCAACAGCGGACCCUACGAAAGCGCGUCGCAAAGGCUCUUGUCGCAGACAAAGAAACGCCGAAAACUCGGGUCGCUUCCAAGAAUGAUGCUGUUGAUUCACCACGCCGAUCAUCUCGCCUGAGCCUCGUGAGUAAGGCCUCCGAUCUACUAGGUCGUGCCAGUAGCGUUUUGGGUAAACGGACGCGUGAUUUGAGCGAAAAGGGCAAGGAUAUUGGUCGCCGAGCUAGUCUUCGUCCUCGCAAUGUAGCACCAAAGGAAGAAGCACCAGCAUCAGCGCCGGCUGAACCGGCACCAAAGAAGAGACGAGUCUCCGAGAGUGAUUUGUCAAAGCUGCGUGAAUCAGAGGUUAAAACUCCUCCAGAAGAACCAACUCCUCCUGUGCAACGGUAUAAGCCCAAGCGCUGGUUGACCCAUGGGCUGUACACGGGCCAGGAGCCAUCUGACUCCCCUCCCAAGCAGCGCCGAAGCAAUACUUCUAAGAAGGCUAGCACUGGACCUUCGCAGCGCCGCAUGCUUCCUAUGCCCAUGUUUGCGGGGUCUCGACUCGUGAACAAUGGCCGGGACUAUCAGCUGCCAUUUGAUAUUUUCUGCCCUCUUCCUUCAGGUCAACCUAAACCGGAUGAAUGGCGGAAAACUAACAAGAACGUUUUUGUCGGCGAUGCUGCCAGCGAAUGGAAAGCGAACAAGAAGCUGGAAUUGUCAAGCUGUAUGUGCGAUGCGGAGACUGGCUGUGAUGAAAACUGCCAGAACCGCUAUAUGUUCUACGAAUGUGAUAACGGGAACUGUAACCUGGGCCCGGAGUGUGGUAAUCGCAAUUUCAACGAGCUCAAGCACAGAACCAAGGCUGGUGGGAAGUACAACAUCGGAGUCGAAGUAAUCAAGACUCCGGAUCGUGGAUACGGUGUUCGCAGCAAUCGUUCGUUUGAGCCCAAUCAGAUUAUCGUCGAGUAUACUGGAGAAAUCAUUACCCAAUUUGAGUGUGAGAGAAGGAUGAGAAGUGUCUACAAGAACAACGAGUGCUAUUAUUUGAUGUAUUUUGACCAAAACAUGAUUAUCGAUGCCACUCGAGGGUCUAUUGCUCGCUUCGUGAAUCAUUCUUGCCAGCCGAACUGUCGAAUGGAAAAAUGGACUGUCGCUGGAAAACCACGCAUGGCUCUUUUUGCAGGUGACCGAGGUAUCAUGACUGGAGAGGAAUUGAGUUAUGACUACAACUUUGACCCAUAUUCCAACAAGAACGUCCAGCAAUGCCGCUGUGGGUCAGAGAACUGUCGAGGCAUUCUUGGUCCGCGUCCGAAAGAUAAAGAUCAACGUGCCAAGCUCGAGGAGAAAGACAAGGCCAAUGGCAAGAAGACCAAGAAAGUUACUGGCAAGCGCAAGCUGGCUGAUGCGCAGAGCAAAACCUCGCGUCAAUCCAAAAAACGCAAGCUUAUCACCCCAAAGUCCAUCAAGGCUGGCGUCAAGAAGGCCAUGGGCAAAGUCACCUCCACUCGCGGAAAGGCAGCAGCAAAGAAGACAGUCGCAACUUCAGCCAGCGGCCGGGGCAAGACUAAAAAAAGAAAUGUUAGACUGCCAAAGGUCAAGGCCCCCUCAAGAGUCAAGGCAGCUAUUCGAGGGACGGGACGAAAGACAAAUGCUACCAAGGCGGCCGCUGCUUCGCCAGCUAAGACUUCCCAGCUCAACCGGCCGUCUCCCGAAACCAGGAAGAAGAUUUUAGCUCGAGCCAAAGGCACUCGGAAAAGCGACCCGAAGACAUCCGCAAAAAGCCCCAAAGCUACGUUGAAAUCUCCUCAUAAGCCCGCUGCACGGAAAGCUCCUAUCAAGACACCAGUCAAGGCUCGGAUGUCCACUGCGAAGGCAAAGGCGGCAAAGACAGCAAAGACAGCACCUACUUCAAGUCCGAACGCAAAGGGUUUGACCGGCAAUGUGAAGGCCACUGCUAGGAAAGUUGUGCGUACUGUACGUGGGGUCAAGAAUUAA